AUGGACUCCUUUCCUCGUCCUUUUCACAUCGCAAUCAAAGGCCGCUUUAUAGUUCGCCCUGAGCUAUGCUCCGAAGGCGAUUUCGACCAGAAAUAUGCGAUGUUGGGAGAGCCUGGCGACAAAGGGAGUGCUGCGACUUUCACCCUACGCGACGGUAUCCUGUGCCGUGGUGACGAAUGGGCAAUGGGAAGGCCCAUCGCCGGUCCGCCGCCGAUGAUCCCCAUGCCAGCUGUAUGGGUCAGGGAUCUCGGGUCGGUGCAUCGAAUGGCUGUUGCUCCCGGUCCACACGGCAUAACAUUUGUGAACGAGGGCCCAAGCUUUGGCAUGCUGGAAGAGGCCGGACCCAGGGUCUUCAGUUUGCCCUCGCACAUGCAAGGCGGUGAGGAUGCAUUGCAAUUGCAUCUUGUCGACUAG